UAAGACAACAAAUCGGAGGAAGCCAACUGAAAUCGAGGGGCCGUGCGCUGCCUAUGCCAAAGCCAAUGCCAUGAGCAUGGAGGUUGUACUUGCUCGCUCUCCAUUUCCCCGUUUCUCUCUUCCUAACACCAACCUAAAAACCACUCUCAGCUCCUCUAACUCCCAGGUUCUGUUAUGGAGAUCCCCGUUGAUGAACGUACAGUUAAAUCACUACUACAGCAGAAAGCGUAGGGGCUGCAUUAAUGGUGGCGGAGCUUCUAGACGCAGCCUUUGGCCUCAGUUUUCGAGCAGCUAUGAUCGAUGCAAUCUUACGUUUGGGAAGUGUAUUAGCAGGCUCCAAGAAUUUAUGAAUUCUUCAGAAAAAAUGAGAAAACAUGUUUCUUCUACUCUUUUCACCCGGUUGGUUGUUUCAGUGUUGAUGGUUUCUUUUGCCGUCAGCAAUUCACCCUCCUGGGCUCUGAGCGAAGAAAACCUUCUCUUCUUAGAGGCUUGGAGGACGAUUGACCGUGCUUUUGUUGAUAAAACGUUCAAUGGACAAAGUUGGUUUCGGUACAGAGAAAAUGCUUUGCGCAAUGAACCGAUGAACACGCGCGAAGAGACAUACACGGCUAUCAGGAAGAUGCUUGCCACACUUGAUGAUCCUUUCACUCGAUUUCUCGAACCUGAGAAGUUCAAGAGUUUGCGGUCUGGAACAAAAAGUGCUGUUACUGGUGUAGGGCUGUCAAUAGGCUAUCCUACAGGGUCUGAUGGAUCACCUGCUGGACUUGUUGUCAUUUCAGCUGCUCUGGGAGGUCCUGCAAAUAAGGCUGGCAUUUUAUCUGGAGACAUUAUCUUGGCAAUAAAUGAUACAAGCACAGAAAGCAUGGGCAUAUAUGAAGCAGCAGACCGGUUGCAGGGACCUGAAGGAAGUUCAGUAGAAUUAACCAUUCGCAGUGGGCAAGAAAUAAAGCAUCUUGCUUUAACGCGAGAGAAAGUGUCUCUAAAUCCAGUGAAGUCAAGACUCUGUGUAAUUCCUGGUUCAGGGAAGGAUUCCCCCAGGAUUGGGUAUAUUAAACUGACAACAUUUAACCAAAAUGCUUCAGGUGCAAUCAGGGAAGCUAUCAAUACUUUGAGGAGUAAUAAUGUUAAUGCCUUUGUGUUGGACCUUCGAGAUAAUAGUGGUGGCUUGUUUCCAGAAGGGAUUGAGAUCGCCAAGAUUUGGUUAGACAAAGGUGUCAUUGUGUAUAUUUGUGAUAGUCGUGGGGUUAGAGAUAUAUAUGACACUGAUGGAAGUAGUGCAAUUGCAACGUCAGAACCCCUUGCUGUACUGGUAAGCUUUCUUUUACCGAAUCCUGGGAUCAUCCGUAACAUUUGUUGAUGCUUAAGAGUAUGUGACUUGAGUAAGUAAGUUUGUAAGAACUAUCAGUUGCCUUCAAGGCUCUUUUCAGUGAACUUGAUGUCUGCUCUCUGUAUGAGCUGUCAAAAACCCUCUCUCUUUCAAUUUCUAGUAUAAUUUGGUUGCAAUGUA